AGUGAGGAGCCGAGCGGAACGGCCUCUGGUGACAUUUUCUCCGGGCGGCUCGGACGAGUGAAGGGACUUGGUGCUGGUGGAGGCUGCGGAGGCGGCGAGAUUGGCUUUGGUCCUGGCAGGGCUCUGAUUGCGUCCUUCAGCUCGCUGCCUGGGUUUCUGCAGGGGACGAGAAGGCGGCGGUGGCCGUCGCGUCUCAGGUCACUGCGGCCGGGAGAGUCCCGGCCAGGGGGGGUCGGUACGUGCCCCGACGGGGCGCGCAGAGCGGGCAAGGAGGUGCAGAGCCGCAGCGGAGCGCAGGUUGCUUUCCUGUUGCAUCUUUGAUAUAGUUUCCUAGACUCUGCUCCAUGAUUUAACUCAAUUCUGAAAUGAAGAUGGAGGAGGCAGUGGGAAAAGUCGAAGAACUCAUUGAGUCUGAAGUCCCACCAAAAACAUCUGCGCAAGAGACGGCCAAGGAGGAGGAUGGAUCUGUAGAACUGGAACCUCAAGUUCAGAAAGAUGGUGUUGCAGAUUCUACAGUUCUUUCUUCAAUGCCUUGCUUGUUGAUGGAACUGAGAAGGGACUCUUCUGAGUCUCAGCUAGCAUCCACAGAGAGUGACAAACCGACAACUGGCCGAGUUUAUGAGAGUGACUCCUCUAACCACUGCAUGCUUUCUCCUUCCUCUAGUGGUCACCUGGCUGAUUCAGAUACAUUAUCUUCUGCAGAAGAGAAUGAACCCUCCCAGGCAGAAACAGCAGUAGAAGGAGACCCUUCGGGAGUGUCUGGGGCUACAGUUGGGCGCAAGUCUAGGCGGUCCCGAUCCGAAAGUGAAACAUCUACUAUGGCUGCCAAGAAAAACCGGCAAUCCAGUGAUAAACAGAAUGGCCGAGUUGCUAAGGUUAAAGGUCAUCGGAGCCAAAAGCACAAGGAGAGAAUCAGGCUACUGAGGCAGAAACGAGAGGCUGCUGCCCGGAAGAAGUACAACCUGCUGCAGGACAGUAGUACCAGUGACAGUGACCUGACUUGUGACUCAAGCACGAGCUCGUCGGAUGAUGAUGAAGAGGUUUCAGGGAGCAGCAAGACAAUCACUGCAGAGAUACCAGGUCAUUUGGAUCCAGGAUUCUUAGCAAGUGACAAAACAUCUGCUGGCAAUGCACCACUCAAUGAAGAAAUUAAUAUCGCCUCUUCGGAUAGUGAAGUAGAAAUUGUGGGGGUUCAGGAACAUGCAAGGUGUGUUCAUCCUCGAGGAGGAGUGAUUCAGAGCGUUUCUUCCUGGAAGCACGGCCCAGGCACGCAGUAUGUCAGCACGCGGCAGACACAGCCAUGGACUGCCGUGACUCCCCAGCAGACUUGGGCUUCACCUGCAGAAGUUGUUGACCUCACCUUGGAUGAGGAUAGCAGGCGUAAAUACCUACUGUAAUACGGUGUCACUGUGUUUCCUCUGCACUGUUCCCUUCCACUUCCUCCUCUUUGUGGCACAGAAGUCCAUUGUCACAGCUUCGGCCUCAGAAGCUGUUUGUGGCGUUUGUAGAAUUGAAACUCAUGGAAAAUUGCAAAAAUCCCCCCCUUUUUUUUUUUUAAUUAAAAGAAGUCACUUAGGAAAAUAACCUAUCAACAGAGAAAAGAAUUUACUUUCUCUCCCUAUGAAAAUGAGAAUGACAAAUUUUUAUUAGACAACUUUAUUUUACUUGGUGACUUUCAAUCUUAGGAAACUCUGCCUUCCUUUCAGAAUAAUAUUUUAAUUACCGGGUAAAAUGGAUUUCAGUUUUUGAAUCUUAUAUUUAUUUUUCUUUGUAAUGAAACUAAUGUCUAGAUUUGACCACUAUCAGCCCACCCAUUG